AUGGCUUUUUUGCUCUUGUCGCAGACUCUGCGGCGAUUCUUGUCAACAUUUUGUAGUCUCAAAGACUGGAUAGCGGGUGUCUUGGUUUAUCCCUUGUCACGCCUGAUCCACUCGCCCACCUAUCACGAUACUGAAGCGUGCGAUUACGAAGCAAGCGAGAAUGGACAUGGAAAGGUCGUUACCACUAGCAGAGAUGCUCAAGGGCAAUUCAUCUCUGGUGGGCUGACUGGGAUUGUGGAACUCCUUGAUGAUGGUACCGCCCUCAAAUCACCAUUUCCCGACUCUGACAUGGAAAACCACAUCCUGGACAUCGCCAAGGAAGCCAGUAUCUAUCAUCGCCUUGGCCCACAUGAAAGGCUAGUACGGAUAUUGGGUCACUCCAGGGAUGGCCUUAUCCUUGAGUACAUGAAACACGGCGAUCUUAAAACAUAUCUUCAAGCUGAAAAGUCGGUUCCGAUGAGCCUGAAGUUGAAUUGGGCAUAUCAAAUUGCGCAAGCCGUUUCUCUCCUGCAUAAUAACGGCAUCAUCCACUGCGAUAUUAAACCGCGAAAUUUCCUCUUGGAUGCGACUCUCAAUAUCAAGAUUAUUGACUUUUCUGGGUCUUCACUAGAUGGGUCUAAGCCGGCCUCUGGUGAAGGGACUCGAUUCUAUCUCCCGCGACAUUGGAGGGACCCACCGACUUUGGCUACCGACCUGUUUGCGCUCGGGUCGACUCUUUACGAGGUAUUUCAAGGCGCCAGCCCCUAUGAAGAGAUCUCUAGCGAUCAAGUGGAAGAACUUUUUAAAAAGAAAGAGUUUCCUGACGUUUCUGACAUUCAAUGCGGAACGAUCAUCAAACAGUGUUGGUUGUCCGAAGUUGAUUCAGCUGAACAUGUGCAGUCUUUCAUCCGAGACACAAUUCGCAGCAAACUAAACGCCGACUGUAUCCCUCAUCUCGAUGGUUUGGACAUUGCUCCGGGUAUGUUGAUUGAUCAAGUGGGGUUUCCUUAG